UACAAAUGCAUAUAGCUGUAUGCAUAACUCUUGAACAAUUUCUGCAAAUAUCUUCAAUCAAAACAAACUUGUGUACCGAAUGGCAUCUCAAAAUAAAGAAAGAAAUGAUUAAUUGAAAUGGGAAACUCGGGAAGUGCUCACAAUUUACAUAACGAGCGAUCUAUUAAUGAUCAUAACACCUACUAUCAGCCAACAUUUCAACAAACCUUACAUCGUCAGUACCAGACAAACAGAUCUGGCUUUAGAUCUAGCCCAAAUGGUGCGCAGCGUAGUUUGACUACAGAAUGGCGUAGAUCAUAUCCAUCUGCAGGACCCAGAGUGCCCAAACUACCAACGGACGGACAAAUUAAGGUGCUGCCUGAACUAGAUAAGCGGCUACAUCUGCGAGCCACAACAAAUGGUGCAAUACUUAACUCUGGUGGCACAAUAAGUGGACGAAAGUUAAAUGAAAAUUCUUUUGUAAAAAGUCCAAAUGCACUUAGUCAACGUUCCCAAACAUUCAUAAACGAACCUUCAUCCAGUAAAGAUGGUCUUUAUAAGAAAGCGGAAGCACAUCCUGAAUUUACGCGUUCACAGACGUUGCUCUACGUUAAGGCCAAGACCAAUGAACCAGCUUUACAAUCGACCAAGUCGAACUUGUCGCGAAUGCAGAGACAUACAUAUUCAGAGCCCGAGCUUAUCAAUAAACUCAAUAAUGAAGGUGAUAUUUCCAAAUCAACUGCAAAUAUGCUGGAUCCCUUGUCUAGGCCAAGCAAGCGGAGCAAAUAUACCAAAAAACGAAGAGCUCCCGAGGCACCAGCAUUGGCUAGCAUGGGAAACACUUCAUCAUCAGUAGGCACAGAUGUUGAGGUUCCACGCAAUACGGCCAGCUCUGCGGAUCAGCCGAAGCCUAUGCAUUUUGCAAAAAAUUCAGAUCGUAUGAGCAAGAUUAAGCCACACACAUCGUCAUUAGCACAAAAUCAACAUCAAAAUACAACAUUUAGUCGAGGCAAUCAAAAUCGCAACUCUGCGAAUGUCAACCAUGCGCAGAGGAGCCCAAAUGAGCCACCCAAGUAUGUCUAUCGUAGAGAAAAGAGCUCAGAUGCCAUACUCUUAAAAAGUAGAAAUUCUGCUGGACAUGGACAUAGUGAGUUAAGAAGAACUACAACAAAUGAUGCAGAGCAGCAGCCGAUCAGAAGUAAUGCUGUUCAAAGCAAGCUGAAAACAACGAGUACUAAUACCAAUUUUAUGCAAAAAGAAAAGGUGGAAAAGCUAAUUAUACCCGUGCAAGCUGAUAAGGUGCAACGUACAUUUUAUUUUGGCAUGGACAUGCCAACGCCGGCUGAAGAUGUCAAGCAAUCUGCUGCUCUUACUGUUGAUGAUAAGCAACAAGUUGAUGUCAGCCAGUUAACACUCAUGCCUAGCUAUGACAUUGAGUACAAAAAACCCAGCAAUCAAGAGGAGAGUCAUGAUGAUAAUGGACUACUAGUGCAUAUACACCCCACAUUGCCACGUCGGCAAAUUGAAACACCUUCCUUUAGCCCCGCACUGGCUUGGCGCUCGCUUGUCGAGGAGCAAGAUCGGUUGGACAAAAUGCGCAAAAUGCAAGCAGCUGUCAACAGCUGUGAAUCAACUGUAGCUAGUGAAAAGCCCAUACUGCCUAGCUGUAUCUCUCAUGCGCGUCAGCUUAGUAGACCAAAUCAAGUACAUGCCGCCUGGACACCCGAACAGGAUCUUGCCGAAGAAAAGGAUGAUCGACACUUGAACAAUCUCAUACAAGAUGACUCAAGCUCUGACGAAUAUAGAUCGAAAUGUGAAGACGGCUUUCUUUUUUAUGGUAGCAAGACUCUAAAGCCAAGUCAGGACAAUACAACAAAUCUUCCCAUUCAUACGUUUAGUCUGUCGCUGCCAAGAGAUGCGCACAUUAACCAUACACGCAGCAACACGGAUAGGUUAAACGCUGGUGAUGUAUGCAUUUACAAAAGCCUACAGAAGUCAAAGCCAGACUACACUGCGCAUAAGAAUAGCUCGGCAACUGCCUUCAGCCCAAGAAACUCUGGCUCACGAGGGCAGAUCCACUCAAGCAAUUUCGAGGGCUCCAACAACUGGUUGUUGCAUAAGAAUAACAGUGGCGUGAAGCACACAACAAAGCACUUGGACUAUUUUGACAAGGAACAGCGACUGGUGUCCAUUGAGCCGCAGUCUAUUACAUAUCUGACUGGUGGCAAGCAUGUGAUGUAUUUGCCGGGCAGCGAUAACCAAGCAGCUGCUUCCUCCCGACCACACAUAAAUGUUGAGACGGACAAUUCAGCAGGCACUCAACCAAAAAAUCAAACAAACCGCCAUUUUAAAAGCCGACAACGACAUGUACCGCAAAGUCUUCAAGACGAGACACCAAUUUUUCCAUUAAAGUCAACGCAUGAACAGAGCUUUAAAUUAGACGAGGAAAAGCCAUUCCAUCAACGAUUCUCAUUUAAUAAUCCCGUGCGACUCUUGGAGAAAAGUUUGCGCAUUGAGAAAUCUACAAAGUCCAACAAAAUUGAACGAAGCUUAGCAGGUGAGCUGGAAGCUCUGAAAAAGGUAGAGGAAGACUUUCAACGAAAUCGUGCCAAUGAAAAGGAAAAUAUUCAGCAUCAGCUGCGUCUGCAUUUUGGAAACGAAAGUGAACAAUAUCAUAGUCUGCCAAUAUCACGAGUCGUCGAUGGCUUCUCAGCUUUCAAUCUAAAUGAUACGAAUAAUAAUUUAUUCUGUCGUGAUGAUCCUGAGGGCUGCGUAUCGAAUGUACCUUUUGUCAGCCAUGAAAGUGAAGAACACAAAACAGUCUUUGGUGCAACUAAUAUGUUAAGCUAGUGACAAAAAUAUAAAUAUGUAAAUAAAACACGUUUAA